CUUCGGUGAUCCUCUCGGGCGGCCAUGGCAGAGCCACAGCCCGCGUCCAGCGGCCUCACGGAUGAGGCUGCCCUCAGCUGCUGCUCCGACCCGGACUCCAGUACCAAGGAUUUUCUACUGCAGCAAACGAUGCUAAGAAUUAAGGAUCCUAAGAAGUCCCUGGAUUUUUAUACGAGGGUUCUUGGACUGACGCUCCUCCAGAAGUUAGAUUUCCCUUCUAUGAAGUUUUCGCUCUAUUUCUUAGUUUACGAGGAUAAAAAUGACAUCCCCAAGGAUAAGAAUGAAAGAGUUGCAUGGACGUUCUCCAGAAAAGCUACACUGGAGUUGACACACAACUGGGGCACUGAAGAUGAUGAGACCCAGAGUUACCACAAUGGCAACUCAGACCCUCGGGGAUUUGGUCACAUUGGGAUUGCUGUUCCUGAUGUCUAUAGUGCCUGUAAGAGAUUUGAAGAACUGGGCGUCAAGUUUGUGAAGAAACCGGAUGAUGGUAAAAUGAAAGGUCUGGCAUUCAUUCAGGAUCCUGACGGCUACUGGAUUGAGAUUCUGAAUCCUAACAAAAUAGCAGCGAUUAUUUAAUUCUGUGAGAAUGCUCCUUUGAGGUGUUGGUGACAAUGGUGACAAGAAAGAACGUAAUUCAAGAUGCUGAAGCACCAGACACAUCAAAGACUGGUGGAUCUUCGCUCCAGUUCAAAUUGUUCUGAAAUCCUUCUCAUUGUCCUGUUUCAGCGGGUUUUGAAAAACUUCCCCUCCUGUUUAGUCAACCUAAUUUUCAAGCCACAGUUUAUCUUAUGAC